UUAUUGCUAGUCGUUGACGAUCCAAAUACUCCUCUAUUUUUGGGCUAUGGCCAUGGUGAGAUUCGCGAUUCUCGCUUUUCUACCUCGACUUGCCCAAGAUAGGAACAUCAAGAUAAUAUCUUGGACGGUCGCUGCAAUAAUCUUUGCUCAGACUGUAGCUGCCUUUACAUACAGACUCGCCUCGUGUACACCAGUUGCAGAUAGCUUCAAACUCCCAGAUGAACCAGGACUUAAAUGCGUUGGACUAGAUGAUCAUAUCAAGAUGAUGGCUGGUCACGGUUUGGUUGGCAUCGUUAUUGACGUAAUUCUUCUUUUACUCCCGAUCUGGGUUAUAUGCACCAAGAUGAUGUGGUCUAAGAAGACUCUUCAGAUCAUACUUGUCCUGAGUGUCGGGAUGUUCGCGGUAGCAACGGGUAUACUACGCGUCGCUUUGACGAGAACCCGAGACAUCUCUUCUGAUCUGACCUGGGAAAUGCCAACGCUAGGCAUUUGGACGAAUAUCGAAGGCCAUGUCGGUCUGUGGUGUAGUUGUUUUCCUACUUUGCAGCCUAUUUUACGUUCUGUACCGGCCAAAUUGAAAUUACUCAGCUCGACGAAUGGAAAUGGCGGCCGACACGACAGGACAACUGGCCAUACUGGAGUGACGAAAGCAACCCGCGGGAGGAGAAUGAGUUUAAGUGAGUUGGAUAGUGAAAGUCAGCGCGGAAUCACGUUGCAAGAAACGAAAGGGGUUGAGAUAACAGGCACACAGGAUUCAAGUGUACAUUCUGAUUGAAAUUCCAUAUGUUGGUUCAAUGAUUUCUACCUAGAGA